AUGAAUUUAGCGCGUAAAAUUUGCACUUUACCAUUUCAAAACGUUAAUAAAAAUUUAUACAGAAAAUUAAGAAUUUCUGCUUCUCAUUAUGAAUCUUCAACUUACUCACAGCCCCAAGUUCAAGAGGAGAAAUUUGAUUUUGAGGAUUUAAAGAUUAUAGAGCGAACGGAACGCCGAAAAGCUCAAAUUCCGCCGUUUAUGAAAAAUGUUUUUGUUUCUGUUUUCGAUCGAGAUUUACUGGCUUAUCCAGAGAUUUUAAACAAAGAAGAGUCAGAAGCUUUGGACCAAAGAAUUGCAGCACUUGACCGUGUAUUCUUCGACCCAGAGAAAACAAAAGAUGACCGUAAAGCUGUUUUAAAAGGCACCAAAAUGUAUGCAGCUCCAGUUAACCUUACUAAUGGAGGUUUAGCCAUGAACCACACUGAAAGUUUAAGGUUUCUCGAUACUAUAAGUUCGGAUUUACAACUGGGACAGGAGUUGAGUGAUCACUGGGUCAGCUUGAAUGCCUUAAAACUAGGUUUACCUGAGGACUCCUAUCAAAAGAUCAUAGAUGAUCUAACGUCGGGUGAAAAGACAAUAGCAUUAUGUAUAAAAGAGAGGGUAGCUGAGAGAGUUUUACAAGCAGACUUCAGGACUGUGGCUGAAAUGGAUGGGAGAAAUGUAUGGCGCAUUUCCGGGGAGAAAGUAUGCACACAGGUCUCUGGUUAUUUCUUAGUGUUGUGCACAACACAUGAUACGGGACAUCUCAAAAUGUUCCUAGUGCAUCCUGGAGCUGAAGGGAUCAGUCAUGAUGACACAUAUGUAUCCUUCCAGAAGACACCAGGUAUACCCUUAGAUAUUGUGACGGAAGAGAAUCUAGCGAAGACCCUUGGUGUGUCCAGGCUUCACACUGCUGCCCUCUGCCGUGCAAGUUUAUUGCAGGCCAUGCAAGCUGUUGCCGACUACAUACGGCCAAGGAUAUUUGCAGGAAAACCACUGUCGGAAAUAUCAUCGAUACGGUCGGUGAUAGGCGAAGCCUUGAUUAAUAUAUAUGCCUCAGAGAGUGCCGAGUACUUCACAGCCGGUCUACUAGACGGGUAUAUGGAGCCUGAUGCUGAACUGGAAAUGGCUAUGUGCAGGAAUUUCAUUGCACAGAACGGACUGGACACGUUACUAAAAUUGAUUGCGAUACCGAACGUCGAGAUGAAAGCGGAGAGCAACCAGCUUUUGGACAACAUGAGGUCACUCACUCUGAGGGGAGAGACCAUAGACAGUGUCAAUAUGUACAUAGCACUAAAUGGAAUACACCACGCCGGUACAAGGAUGGCGGAAGAGAUCAAACAGAUCAGGAACCCGCUCUUCAACCCCUCAUACAUCCUGAAGAAGAUCCUGGCAGAUAGGCAUCAGGAGAAGGAUCAACCAAAGCUGACUCUCUACCUAGCGGAGCACCUCCAUCCAUCUCUGCGGGUACCCUCGGAACAGUUGGAGUACUGUGUGUUGAGGAUGAAGUUUGCGUGCGAGACCCUCAUGGCCCGGCAUGGUAUGGAAAUAUCUAAGGCUUACACGGAGUUAAAUAGACUCGCCGAAGCAGCUACCGAGAUAUUAGUUAUGACGGCCGUAUUGGCGAGGGCAUCGAGGGCCUAUUGUAUAGGCUUAAGGAACGCGGAAGUGGAAAUGAAACUGGCUGCGUGCUUCGUGGAGAAGUCCAAAGAACGAGUGAGGAAGUUGAUACUGGAGAUAGAUGAUGGGGAAUAUCUCAAUUUGGACCACUUCAAAGUGCAAUUCGGCAGGAAAGUGUUAGAUACGAAGUCUAUACUCGUGGAAAAACCUACCGCGCGAGUGUUUUGGUAG